GGAAUAUAAAUAGCACCAGUUUAUGUGGGUACUGACUAGCCCACUGGCUUUCCUGGUGUAGAAAACACUGAGCGAGCACAGCCAUUUGACCCAAGCAGCCCCUUCUGCAUUGACUCUUUGGAUUAACAGAUGAGCACAGAAGCAGUAGAUGACUUUUAUCAGUCGGAGGAUGACCUGGAUGAAGAUGAGGCGACGCAAUAUAUAAUUGAGCAAAGUCUGAUCCAAUAUAGAAAACUCAAAGGAUUGAAUCCAAGUGAUCUGAAACCCAGUGAAGAUCCGGAUGAGAUUUUUAAAGCAAUCAAGGAGGGUGAUGAAGGUGCACUGAACAGACUUGCAGAGCAACCGGAGUAUUUCUCCAGAGUUGAUGAACGAGGAUGGAUCCCUCUGCAUGAAGCUGCAGUGCAGGAGAACAAAAGUAUACUAGAGAUUAUUUUCUCAGCAUCACCUCCGGGUGCAGCCGAGUGUCGUACUGUAAAGGGUGAGACGCCACUAUUUCUGGCUGUGGUCCAUGGACUCAGAGAGAACGCCACAUUCCUGUUACAGAAUGGUUGUAGCCCAGAUAUCCAAAACGAUGAGCAGGAUUCUCCAUUAGUGGCAGCGAUUCUGAAUGACCAGUAUGACUUGGCCACGCUACUGCUUCGUUACCACGCCAAAAUAGACCAAACAGGCCCACUAAACAGGACAGCUCUACAUGAGUCUGCCUUCUUAGGUUUGGAGAACUUUGUCUAUCUGCUCCUGGAGUCUGGUGCCGAUCCAAACGCAUGUGACAUUAAGAAGAAAACUCCACUGGCUCUGGCUGCACAGAAUGGACAUCUCAGUGUGGUGGAAGUUCUGUUACAGAAAGGAGCCCAUGUGUGGUGUGAAUCGGAGACAGGUACUGUUUUGUUUGACGCAGCAGCAUCAGGAAACCCUGACAUAAUCUCUCUGCUGCUGGACCACGGAGCAGAUCCCAACCUUCCUCUUUACAGUGGACACCUGCCAAUUCAUCGUGUGGCAUACCACGGACACAGACUGGCACUGGAGCACCUCAUCCCGGUGACCUCGAUGCACGCUGUAAAAGAAAGUGGGAUGAGUCCGCUUCAUUCUGCAGCUGCCGGGGGACAUGCUCAGUGUGUGGAGUUACUGAUCAAAGCUGGCUAUGACCCAAACUUUAUGCUGCACCCAAAGGUGCGCCGCAGCUAUGAUGAUGAGCGUAGGUCUGCCCUCUUUUUUGCAGUGUCCAACAAUGAUCUUCAGUGCACCCGCUUGCUGUUAGAGGCUGGGGCAAUGGUGAACCAGGACCCUGUCAACUGUCUACAGGUGGCUCUUAGACAGGGAAACUAUGAAAUGAUCAACACCUUGCUGAAGUUUGGGGCAAAUGUCAACUACUACUCCCGCGUCAACACCACUCACUUCCCCUCGGCGCUGCAGUAUGCUUUGAAGGACGAGGUCAUGCUGAGAAUGAUCCUGAACCAUGGAUAUGAUGUUAAGCGCUGCUUUGACUGCCCUUAUGGUGACAAUUCCCAUGACUAUGCUCCUUGGACGACUGCAGUCAUCAAAGACAUGGUGUUCUGUGAGGUGAUAACAGUGUCCUGGCUAAAGCACAUAUCGGCCCAGGUGGUUCGCAUCAUGCUUGACUACACUGACCACGUCUCCUUCUGCACCAAACUUAAAGACACUUUGCAGGAGGAGAAGCAGUGGCCGGAGAUCUGUCAACUUCAAAGAAAUGCACGGAGCCUGAAGCACCUGUGUCGUUUGCGGAUAAGGGAACAUCUCAGCCGUCUGCGGUUGAGAGCCCCAGUUUUUAUCAACUUCCUUCCUCUUCCUCCCAGGCUGAAAGAUUACCUACGCUACAAGGAGUUUGAUGUUUACAGCAGAGGCAGCUUGGUUACCCCCUGAUGAAAACGGAUGUCACUGUUACAUAGAGACAAACAAGUAACUGUUAGCUUUCUGCCUUGUGUUAUGUGUUUUAAAAAUUACGUGUUUUACAUAUACUGAAAAAAAUAGAAAUGCAGCAUGUAAUGAAUUAGUAAGUUUUAACCAUUCUUUUAACACAUGGGAAUGAAUAUUUGUUUUUAAAACAAACAAAAUCUCUACAACAGAAUGGACAUCAUGAAAUGAGUGGAGUCAUCAGCCAGAAAUCACAAGUCAGGAAGAAGUCAAACAUCUGUGGCACAUGGAAUUAAUGACAUUGUGUAUGCUGCUUGUGGGAUAUUAUCCCAAUCUUCCAAACAACUUGGUGAAGUUGGUGGACAUUUUCUGGGGACAAGAUCAUGUAAUGUCACUUUCUCAUGUGGUAGAUUGUCUGUUGUACCAUGCUGUCAGAAACAAUUUCUUAAAUUACCAGUAAUGGAGUUGUGGACGCCUAAUUGACAUACCAGCAUCCAGCAUGCCAAUACUCCUCGUCUUUUUCUCAUCAUCUGUGGCAUCUUGUCUUUUGAAUAAAGCUGCAUUUAAAGAUGGCCUUUUAGAA